AAGAGUUGUCCUUCUUCACACUGUCCGUUGCCGUCGCUGCGGUUCUUCCUGAAGUAAUGUGGAUCUUGAAUGUCAUCUCUGUGGAGCGAUUUACAGAAGAAGGCCAGAAAUGUGGAUUCUGGGGCGUCUUCUUGAACAAGAAUUUCUUCUGGAAGCUAUCCUGGACGAUAAAUAGCAUUAUUCGGUUGCCAGAGCUUAUCGACCUCGUCAAGCAGAUUGACGUUCAGAGGCUAGUACAGUGGCGUCACUGGAUCGUUCAGAGGCUAGUACAGUGGCGGCACUGGAUCGUUCAGAGGCUAGUACAGUGGCGGCACUGGAUCGUUCAGAGGCUAGUACAGUGGCGUCACUGGAUCGUUCAGAGGCUAGUACAGUGGCGGCACUGGAUCGUUCAGAGGCUAGUACAGUGGCGGCACUGGAUCGUUCAGAGGCUAGUACAGUGGCGUCACUGGAUCGUUCAGAGGCUAGUACAGUGGCGGCACUGGAUCGUUCAGAGGCUAGUACAGUGGCGGCACUGGAUCGUUCAGAGGCUAGUACAGUGGCGGCACUGGAUCGUUCAGAGGCUAGUACAGUGGCGUCACUGGAUCGUUCAGAGGCUAGUACAGUGGCGUCACUGGAUCGUUCAGAGGCUAGUACAGUGGCGGCACUGGAUCGUUCAGAGGCUAGUACAGUGGCGUCACUGGAUCGUUCAGAGGCUAGUACAGUGGCGUCACUGGAUCAUCACUCGAGUGAGAAGACUCUUGGUACCGGCACCAGCGCUUGCAGAAGGGCAUGAGAGCUCCGUGUGAAUAAUCUAUCGUUUGACCAGAGGAGAGUCGCACAACCUUUGCGCCGGCCUAUGUUCAGCAUAUCACCUGGCCAUACAACUAGCUGAGUAGUGCCCUUGAGAUCGAGUUGCAACUUGCAACGAUCGACCAGCCUUUGUGGAACAACAGCUUGUUAUCCACAUCAACCUGUAGACCCCUUGCGCGCGCGUCCUGCCGCGGUUCCUCGGGCUGUCGGUCUGCCUGCCUCCGUUGCUGCCUCGCCACCGCCUUCACCUCCAGCCCGGCCGGCGCACAAGCUUUGCACUCGCGAUUUUCCUGUCGCGGUCUCCGCAGGAAGACGCAACUUUUGAUCAAAGUACAGUGUUUUGCAGGAUAUACGUAUGUACUCCUAGUUAGUAGUUAUCCUAACCAAGGUUUUUGCGAGCCUGCCCUUCGCGGCCUGCAAGAUAACGAUGAUAAUACAAUACCACAAAAUACCUUCCGAGCUCCUACAAAUACAAAUUUAAAGAUA